AUGUGGCUUUCUCAUCCAAGCUUUAUGCAGUUUGUAGAGGAUAAUUGGAAGCUGAGGCUUGAUGGUGGGCCUCCUUUUGUUUUCACUUCAAAAUUAAAGAGAUUGAAGGAGGCGUUGAAGAUUUGGAAUAGAACUGUUUUUGAUGAUGUGCAAUUUCGUUUGAAGCAAGCAGAAUUGAAGCUUGAAACCGAGAAUGAUCUUCUUGAUUAUGAUCACGGUAAUGAAUUGCAUUUUUUAAAGGUUGCGGAUGCUAAGAAGGAUUUUGAUGAUGUGAGAACGGAGUUGGAAGUUAUGCUUAAGAUGAAGUCGAGAGUAACUUGGUUGGAGGAUGGUGAUCAAAACACUCGAUUUUUCCAAAAUAGCAUCCGUAUGAGGAGAAGCCAAAAUACAAUCUCUGAGCUGAAAGUUUCUACUAACUCUACUUUGUUUUUGCAGGAAGAGAUAACUGAUUACAUUGUUAAUCAUUAUCAAUCUAAAUUCAAUGGUGGCGACGCGAAUAUUGAUCCAAGGAUGUUCGAUAUUAAACAUGAGAGCAUUUCAAGUGUUGAAAGUGCUUUUAUGGAUGCUAUACCGUCUUUGGAGGAAGUUAAGGAAGCUGUUUUUGACUUGGGAGCUGAUUCUGCGCCUGACCCAGAUGGCUUUACAGGUUCUUUUUAUAGACAAUGUUGGGACAUUAUUUCUAGAGAUAUUUUUGAUGCCAUGUUAACUGUUGGGCGAUGCGAAAAAUUCCCAAUGACAUUAACUCUAGUUUUAUUGUCCUAA